CAUAGCCAUAAUCAUGAUUUGUAAAUCUACAGAUUUAAUCUAAUUUGCUCUGAACAUGCUGUAUUCAUAAAGUACUUGUGCUUGCUGUUCCUUGAUCUGCUGAAUUCCUUCCGCUCUUACCAACUGCCUCAUUGAGCAGAUCUUUGUGAAGUAUCAGCUCAAGCCUUUGUAUACAAUCCAGAGAGAGACCUGGUUCUUAGCAGCACACGGUUUUAAGAGCCUUGUGGACGUGGGAAUGGCGGUGAAAUACUUCUUGUUAUUUGCUGUUGCUGCUGCUGCUACUGUCUUUGUUCCUGUUCUGGCUGUCAGACACUCCAGGCGACACAGAGCCCUCUAUAAUAAGCUGGUCACAGAAUCACAAACCGACCCACAAGAAGAAAUUGUCAAUGCACACAAUGCUUUCAGGAGAAAAGUUUCUCCGCCAGCCAAGAACAUGCUGAAGAUGAGCUGGAGUUCAGCUGCUGCAGGAAAUGCUAGAAUCCAGGCAAGAUACUGUGACACGUCACACAGUGACCCACUAGAAAGGAGACUUAACAAUACAUUUUGUGGAGAAAAUAUUCAUUUGGAACAUUACCCCUACUCCUGGACAAAGAUAAUUGAAAUAUGGUACAAUGAAUCCAAACACUUCACAUAUGGAGAAUGGCCAUCCUCAGAUGAUGACUUCGAAACAGACCAUUACACUCAGAUGGUCUGGGCGGUUUCUUACCUCAUUGGCUGUGAUGUUGCAUCAUGUCGCAGACACAAGGCAGCUAUAUAUCUCUAUGUGUGUCACUAUUGUCAUGAGGGAAAUAAUCCUGACUCACUCAAUAAGCCUUAUAAGCAGGGCUCACCAUGUGGAGACUGUCCACAACACUGUGAAGACGGACUAUGCACUAAUCCCUGCCUUUACUAUGAUGAAUACAACAACUGUGAUAAACAAGUGAAACGUACGGGAUGCUCACAUCCAUCAGUUCAACAAUUCUGCAAGGCUUCUUGUCUGUGUAAAACCGAAAUAAAAUAAUCUUCCACUACUUACUAUUCUGCUAUGAAGACAAAGGAUGUUUUCAGGAUCACUUAUUUCACAUUGAUAAAAUCUGCUAAUGAAUUUCAUUUGUUUUUUAUUAUGCUCAAGAAGGUAAUUUUUAAUCAUCAUGUAUAGACAUCAAUGUAUAUUCAUCAAGACCGGGCCCUCCUUUCCUGACCCAUCUUAUAGUAACACAGUUUUAAACUUCCUUGUUGUAUUAAUGAAAGUACAAGUCAAAUACUUGCCCCAAAUUUAAAGCACAUGAUUUUUGGUAUUUAGAUUGACAUAAUCCAAUUAAUAACUUAAU